UUUAGCGGGCAUGUCGGAACGCUGAUUGACUAUAAAUUCACCGAUCCUUUCAAGCUCAAUCCUUCAUAUCCUUCACUUUAUUCGCCUAUGUCCAAGAUAUACAGCCUCAUUGCGCUUCUCCCUUUCAUUCAGUUCGGGCUUGUGAACGCUCACGUUGCUGCGUGGGCUAAGGGCAUGUACUGCUUGAAUGGUACACGCCCUGGUAUAGACGACCAAGACAACAGUGCACCCGUCCAACCUUUAUUCGAAUUAAGCAAGAACGAUUGGUGGAUGCAGGGUAUCACCAAGUGUAUGGACUUCCCACCUCCACAAGGCACUUUCCUCACCCUCCCUGCAAACAGAGAUUUCAAAGUCGAACUUGCCACCAACCGAGGGUUCACUACUCUCGGAUGGGGCGGAACUCGGCUCACGAAAUUUGCUGGGCCGAUCAAUGUUCCGGAGGAUCAGUUUGGGAAGAGCGGGAAGUGUAUUACUGAUCCGAACAUUCAUACAAUAAAUGAAGAGACCGCUGCUGGAACUGUGUUUGCUAUCGCUUACAAGUCGGAUCCUCGAGCGGUUCAGCCUGAAGACCUCACGGUGUUCACUGUCAAGUAUCAUACCGUUUGGUACCGUGAAGUCACAUACGACGUUCCAGACCUUCCUGAAUGUCCACCAGAUGGCUGUGUUUGUGCCUGGGGAUGGGUCCCAACCGACACCUGCGGCGAACCUAACAUGUACAUGCAACCGUUCAAAUGUACCGUGACGGGUAGCUCGCCCAACGCUCGACCUGUUGCUCCAGCAAAACCGCCUGUCUACUGUGAAGGAAACCCGAGCGGGUGUACUGCUGGAGCUAAACAAAUGGUGUUUUACAAUCAACUUGAAGGGAAUAACGUGCAGUAUGACUCGGCGAAGGGAAAUCCGUAUUAUAAUGAGAGGAUGGGAUUUAAAGAAGGUCGCCAGGCGGAUAUCUUUACUUAG